GAGGAGCGUUUGGUGCUCGUUUACUCGGAGCAGCGCUGAUCGUGUUCACACCGAGCGGCAGCAUGGCAGGAGAAAGCGAGGCCGAUCUGGAGCACCAUGAUCCCGAGCACACACACACCAUCCGACAGCCUUUCCUUAUCGGGGUGGCGGGGGGCACUGCCAGCGGAAAGUCAUCCGUAUGUGGUAAGAUUAUGGAGCUUCUUGGCCAGAACAAAAUUGACCACCACCAAAGGCAGGUUGCCAUCCUGAGUCAGGACAGUUUCUACAAGGUGCUUACCUCAGAACAGAAGGCCAAAGCUCUUAAAGGACAAUUCAACUUUGAUCACCCAGAUGCAUUUGAUAAUGAGUUGAUAAUUAAGACUCUGUGGGACAUCAUGGAGGGAAGAACAGUUCAGAUCCCAGUCUAUGACUUUGUAACCCAUUCCAGGAAGGAGGAAACAGUGACAGUGUACCCAGCUGACGUGGUGCUGUUCGAGGGGAUUCUCAUGUUCUACUCACAGGAAAUCCGGGAUCUUUUUCAAAUGAAACUGUUUGUUGACACAGAUGCUGAUACGCGACUCUCACGCAGAGUCUUGCGAGACAUCAGUGAGCGAGGACGGGAUCUGGAGCAGGUCUUAACUCAAUAUAUUACAUUUGUGAAACCUGCUUUUGAAGAGUUCUGCCUACCAACAAAAAAGUAUGCUGAUGUGAUCAUCCCGAGGGGAGCCGAUAAUCUAGUUGCCAUUAAUCUGAUAGUACAGCACAUCCAGGACAUUCUGAACGGUGGCUUGACCAAACGAUUGAACGGUUGUCUUAAUGACCACACCACUCCUUGCAAGAGGCAGCCAUCAGAGUCAAGCAGCAGGCCACACUGAUAUGCCCUACAAGAGAACUGGAGAAGAGUGGCAAUGGAAAAGGGACUUGAAGGAUGGUUGUGUGUGUAUAUACUGACAAUUUUCAAACUGUAUUUAAAAAGAAAAAACAUUCAAGAAAUGCCUUCUUUGACUUGCUACAGUGUUACUGUUUUGUUUUUGAAUGACUUGCUGCACUUAUUCAUGAGGGGAAAAAAACCCUUCCUUGCUGGAAAUACUUGGUCAAAGCUAUUCUUCCUGUUAUUAUUCUUCCUGCUAUUAAUUUGUACAUCUUUUAUCCAUCUGGCCCCAGAUUGUGAGUGUUUCUCAAAACAACAAGAUAGUACGGGUGACUUCAGAAUUUGCCAAAGGGACAUAGCUAGUAAAGACCUGCACUGAAUUUUAUGACUUGAAUAGUACAAAGAAAACAUAUUUUCAAGGUUAAAAUACAACUUCUGCCUCUUUCUAGUAAUAUCAUUGCCUCCAAAGCAUUUUCAGCUCACUCGUUGUAUGUUAGAGCUUAUUCCAAGAGACAUGUGACAUGAUUCUAAAUGAGGGAUGAGUUUGUUUUCAAUCCUUCAUUGUUGCUAAUAUCAUCAUGAUAAGUAGGUCAGGCCUUAUAUUGUAUCUUGUACUGUAAAAUCGAGCUCAGUGGCAUGUUCUGAACAGUAUGAUAACAUGACAGAGAGUUGCAUAUAGGGAAAAAAAAAGUUUGGAUGUUCUCCAGGUCCUAUGCAGUAUUUCGAAAGACAGAUUCUCUUAAUACAGCUUAAAAUAUAUGCAGAUUCAGUAAAGAAACCAAGAUCUCGGAUGGCUCUCCUGUACUGUAUUUAAUGUAGUGUUUUCACACCUUUCAACAACACUCAGAGGCAGAUGAUGAAUUGCAAAUAUACUCAUUUUAUUUUAUUUUACAUAAAACAUGCAUUAUGAUGGCACUCUGUAUUAAAAAAAAAAUUUUUCACCCAACAAAAAUUUUGCCACAGAAUCUAUUUUGUCAUUUUUACUGAAGAAAAUAGUAGCUUCAGUUUUCUCUUUAACUCAGGAUCCCAUGUUUGUUCAUGGGAUUUAUGCAGGGACUUAUGCAUUGGACCAGUGACUCUUCAUUUUCCUUUUAUAAGGGCUCAUCAAAACUGAACCUCUUCUGAGAGUAUAACCCUGUCCUGACUAACAGACUUUGUUAUCUCUAAUAUUUGUUUAAUAUUUCUUAUGUUUCGAAACCACAUUAGUCUCAGAAUUGAAUCAAUACUGUAGAUGUUUGUGCAUUGUCCUUUCUGUCCUGACAUACACUUCUUCCAUUUAAUUUCCUGCUACACCUGUUACAUUUACACUGCUGCUGUGGUACAGGGUAAUUGUUAAAUAGCUGAACAGUGUAAUUCAAGUGUAUUAUCAAGUUGAGGUGGUUGUGUAAGCCAGUAAAUUUAUGUUUAAUUGUUAUUUUAGGAGACUGCGGUUGAAUAAAAAAAAAAAAAGGGCCCACGGGGCAGAAAUAGAAAACUUACUUUGUGGUGUUUAAAGGACUAUUUGGUCUUUCCCCAUUAAAUACAAGUUGUGUAAAUAUGUCUGUUUUUUUUUUGUUUGUUUGUUUUUUUGACACUGUUUAUGUUUCUUGUGUAAAAUUUAAUGUGACAAAUCAGUAUGUUCUGAUAUUAUUCAUGAAUUACUGACUGCCUUCUGAUGGGUUGUGCUGCUUUUGCUCAUAAAUAGAAAUGCAAAAGUAACACAUACCUUAAUAACAUUUACCUGUGGUUGAGUCGGUGAAGUCUCUCGGACACCAGCUGUAGUAAACUGCAAUAUAUGCCUUAUAACAGUUGAAGAUUCAAUUUCAUCAAUUUGCAUAUUUAUUUCAAAGUAUGCAGACCAGAGAAAAAUUUCAUUUCAUUUAGAUUUUACUAUGGGGUAAUCUGUUUCUGUUGUAUGCUACAAAUCAUUGUUAGUUGUUCUUGGGCAAUUAAUUCAUUGAAAUAUUUGUCAUUUUAUUUUUAUUUUCCAGAAUAUGUACCACAGUGUAUGUACACAUGUCUAUAUCAUCAAGGUGGAAAUGUAAUGAUAUAGAAAGUUAAGGGAUUAAAAAAAUAAAAAGAACCAGGAAUGACAGCAGUGCAAGUUAAGUGUUAAGAGACUGUUUUGAGGAAGGAUUGUUAAUAUGUGGUCCUGUAGUAAGUAAACGAGAUUGAUAUU